UUAAAAUUUCCAAGUUUCUGCAAAAAUGCCAAUCUUUUACGCUUUAAUAAUCCGAGACAAGAGAACAGUGCUGUGUGAAUUUACAGAUUAUGCAGGAAAUUUCCAGCAGGUCACACGCCAGCUAUUUCCUCACAUAGACAAGAACAUGAAGAAGAGUUUCCAGACCAAUGAGUACUUCUUCCACUGUGUUGAUGAUGAAGGGAUUUCCUUGAUGUGCAUGUCUGACGAACAAACUGAAAGAAAUGUGGCUUAUGCAUUCUUAAUGGAUCUGAAAUAAGACCUUCUACAAUAAAUUCACCCUACUUGAAAUUCAGAAGGCAAAGAGCUAUGAGUUAGAGUUUGCAGACGAAAUUAAGAAGAAGAUGCACUUCUUCAAUGAGAAAGGCAUCGGAUUUGAUACUAAAUCUGAGGAGGUUCUCAGAGACUUACAAAGUGUUAAGGAUGCCAUGGUUGAAAAUAUGGAGAAGUUGCUAGACAGGGACUUUAAAAUUGAUGUUGCCCUUGCUAGAGCUCAAGAUAUUAAUCAAUAUUCACUUACAUAUAGAAAACGAGCAAAGAAAUACAACCAAUUCCAGAAGAGGAGAAAGUUAUGGUACACUCUUAUUGGGAUAGCAGUCCUGGCAGUAAUCAUUCUUGCCAUUGUUUUGAUUGCUUGAAAUGGGUUUAACUGCUAA